AUGACACCUAUUUGGACGGGCAGAAAUAUCGCCAGCCAUUGCAUACCACGCGAGGCGUGGGCCGUUGGUCUACAGUUCACUUACAGCUGCUCUUUACUUCUCUCGUUCGACCAACUUGUACCCCUCGGUGACGGGUGUCUGACAUCUUUCGGUCUACGAAACACAUUUGUCGAUCGAGAGAAGAAAAUACCAAUAAUCCGGCUGCAACCUCUCUUGGUAACCACAACCCGAGAUGAUCACAGCCUGAACGAUGCCAGCCUGAACGCUGCCAGCUUGAACGCUGCCCGUUUAAGGGUUGGCGUGGAGAUCCACCACGUCAAGGCCCGGUCCAAGACAACGACUACCCAGACUGCUGUGCAGACUGCUCUGCAGAACACCGACGCCGGUUUGACGGUUGGCGAUCGAGUGACCUGCUUGCCGCGGAUGUCUACCGGCACUGUUUCCUGCACCUCGACCAGCUUGGAGGACCACCAGAAGUUUGCAAAGUGGCAAGACUUGGCCCGGUAUUGGAGUGUACUCCAUGGCGUGCAACUAGCGGAUGAGCCGCGGUGUGCCACCGUCCAAUUCAGCCGCAGCCUAAGUCUCACCUACCCGCUCCAAUGCAUUGUGUUUGGCGAAGUCGCCUUCGGCGCCCUUUGCACCACCCUUGAGGCCCCCCGGUGGGAAUCCAAUAUUGCGGCCAUGCUCACUUCAGCGAAACUGGACCCAUUUGACGUACACGUCGUAACCAAGACGACCCACGGUUCCAACGGACCAGCCACUGGGUUAGCUGCGACCGGGCUAGUUGUGAAGGGAGAGAAGGAACUCCUGAGUAUGGGUCCGCGAGAGCAGACCGUCGACCCACUGGGUCGUGACAAGGCGGGUGCUUACCUUGGACUGGACUCGAACGCAUGGAUGCUUGGUGUGGGGACGGAGGCACUUAGGCCAGGGAUGGUUCCGAGGUCGACCAUUGCGCAGCUUCUCGCGGACACGUUUGACGAUUUGGAGGUGUUGGAGAGUCAACUGAAGGAAAAGACGCCCGAAGCUUCCACCAAAUAG